AUGGUCGAGCUUUCUCAGUUAGACAAGGCAGCAGAGAUCUCUCGUCUCGCUGUAUUGGAAGAAUAUCGCGAUCUCCCCGACACAAUCCACACAUACAACCAAAUUAUCAGCUACAUGUCCGAUGCCGAACGUUACGACGAAGCCGUAGCUCUGUUUCACUACUUCUUCGAGUCUAACCUUGUUCCCCACAUUGUCUCUUUCAACCUCAUCAUCAAAGUCCAUUGCGAUGCAAACCGCGUAGACCAAGCCCUAGAACUUUACCGUCACGUUAGGGCUCUUAAAAUAGACGACGAAUUAUACACAUAUAGGUUUCUGACAAAAGGUCUUGUCGACUCCGGGAGGAUCUAUAAAGAUUUACCUCGAGAUAUUUAUCCUUCGUCGGAGGAUGAAACAUUCCGGGGUAACAUUUACGACAAACCUUACAAGAUACCAGACAGAGAGCUUCCAGAAUUUGAUGAGUAUGACAAAAUAACAAUGUUGGAUGCAACAUUUGUGGAUUAUUGGUUUAGACAAGGGGACGAUGAUAAAGCUAUGGUGAUUUACAAGUCCAUCAUCCCCAUGGAGUAUGUAGAAUGCAUCAAUGCCGAAACUGCAAGUACCCUUUUGAGAAUUUUGCUAGCAAUAGAAAGUGAAUUUGUGAAUUUCUCAUGUUAA